GCGGGCCGGCUCUACUUUCCGCCGGCAUCAUUAGAGCCUCGCAGGGAGAAGGCUGGUGAACUGUCACCAAAGACUGCGUUGAUUACAACGUUUGACUCCGAAUGAAACAAGACUUUUGGGUUUCCGUUUGAACUCCUCCAUCUUUUUCGAGGUGUACUAUGAAACGUAGCUUCGACGACCCUCCUCGUAAAAUUACAAUUCAACUAUAGGCGUCUCUAUCCGUUAAUUGAUUUUCGUCAUUACAGCUUUAGCUAACUGUGACCCUCGAGGGACGCUUUUCUUUCUAUCCGAAACGGUUUCGCGCCCCUCUUCGUCCUCAAACCCACCUAUUCUGGUCUCAUAGAAGCCUACGAGGGAUUCGCCUACUGAGGAGAGCCGACAGACAGCGCCAAAAUGGGGUAUGGACGGUCGGACAGCUACCGUGUGGCCACCACGCAGGACAAGGAUGAGAAAGAGUCGCCUAAGAAGAAGGGAGGAAAGGAUCUGGAUGACCUGAAGAAGGAAGUUCCUAUAACAGAACACAAAAUGUCAGUGGAGGAGGUUUGCCGGAAGUACACCACUGAUAUCGUACAAGGUCUGACCAACGCUCGGGCAGCAGAGUACCUGGCCAGAGACGGCCUCAACGCCUUGACUCCGCCCCCCACCACCCCAGAAUGGGUGAAGUUCUGCCGUCAGCUGUUCGGCGGGUUCUCCAUUCUGCUGUGGAUCGGUGCCAUCCUCUGCUUCCUCGCCUACGCCAUCCAGGCGGCGACCGAGGAUGAGCCCGCCGGAGACAACUUGUACCUGGGCAUCGUGCUGUCAGCAGUUGUCAUCAUCACCGGCUGCUUCUCCUACUUCCAAGAAGCUAAGAGCUCCAAGAUCAUGGAAUCCUUCAAGAACAUGGUCCCACAGCAAGCCUUAGUGAUCCGGGAGGGCGAGAAGAUGCAGAUCAAUGCUGAGCAGGUCGUGGCUGGAGACCUGGUGGAGGUGAAGGGAGGAGACAGGAUCCCAGCUGACCUUCGUAUCAUCUCCUCUCAUGGCUGUAAGGUGGACAACUCAUCUCUGACUGGCGAAUCAGAACCUCAGACCAGGUCACCUGACUGCACCCAUGACAAUCCCCUGGAAACCCGAAACAUCGCCUUCUUCUCCACCAACUGUGUCGAGGGAACUGCACGUGGAAUUGUUGUCUGCACCGGGGACCGCACAGUUAUGGGCCGUAUCGCCACACUCACCUCCGGCCUGGAGACUGGCAAGACUCCCAUCGCCAAAGAGAUCGAGCAUUUCAUCCACAUCAUCACGGGUGUGGCUGUCUUUCUGGGUGUCACCUUCUUCGUCCUCUCCAUCAUCCUGGGUUACUCCUGGCUGGAAGCCGUCAUCUUCCUCAUCGGUAUCAUUGUGGCUAAUGUGCCUGAGGGGUUGCUGGCCACAGUCACUGUGUGUCUGACGCUGACCGCCAAGCGAAUGGCUCGUAAGAACUGCCUGGUAAAGAACCUGGAGGCUGUGGAAACCCUCGGCUCCACCUCCACCAUCUGCUCCGACAAGACCGGCACGCUGACCCAGAACAGGAUGACCGUGGCCCACAUGUGGUUCGACAAUCAGAUCCAUGAAGCUGAUACGACUGAAGAUCAGUCCGGUUCCUCUUUCGACAAGAGCUCGACAACAUGGGUGUCGCUGGCCCGCAUCGCUUCUCUCUGCAACCGCGCCGUCUUCAAGGCAGGACAGGAAUCUUUGCCCAUCCUGAAGCGGGAUGUUGCCGGCGAUGCCUCCGAAUCUGCUCUGCUGAAGUGCAUCGAGCUGUCCUGCGGUUCCGUCAAAGCCUUGAGGGACAAGAACAAGAAGGUGGCAGAGAUCCCGUUCAACUCCACCAACAAGUAUCAGCUUUCAAUUCAUGAAAAUGAGGAUGAAAACGACAACCGCUACCUGCUGGUGAUGAAGGGAGCUCCAGAGAGGAUCCUGGACCGCUGCUCCACCAUCAUGAUUCAGGGCAAAGAGCAGCCCAUGGAUGAUGAGAUGAAGGAGGCCUUCCAAAACGCCUACCUGGAGCUGGGGGGGCUGGGAGAGAGGGUUCUGGGUUUCUGCCACCUGUUCAUGCCAGAGGACAAAUACCCAAAAGGCUUUGCUUUCGACACAGAUGAUGUCAACUUCCAUACCGACAACCUUUGCUUUGUGGGGCUCAUGUCCAUGAUUGACCCCCCACGCGCCGCUGUGCCCGAUGCUGUGGGCAAAUGUCGCUCUGCUGGCAUCAAGGUCAUUAUGGUGACUGGAGAUCACCCAAUCACAGCCAAGGCCAUUGCAAAAGGCGUCGGCAUCAUCUCUGAGGGAAACGAGACGGUGGAGGACAUUGCUGCUCGUCUGAACAUUCCUGUGAGUCAGGUCAACCCCAGGGACGCCAAGGCUUGUGUGAUCCAUGGAACUGACCUGAAGGAUCUCUCUCAGGAGCAGAUGGAUGAUAUUCUGAGAAACCACACAGAGAUUGUCUUUGCAAGAACCUCCCCCCAGCAGAAGCUCAUCAUCGUGGAGGGCUGUCAGAGACAGGGCGCCAUCGUCGCUGUGACAGGAGAUGGCGUGAAUGAUUCGCCUGCCCUGAAAAAGGCUGAUAUUGGAGUCGCCAUGGGAAUCUCCGGCUCUGAUGUCUCCAAACAAGCUGCAGACAUGAUCCUGCUUGAUGACAAUUUUGCAUCCAUCGUCACAGGAGUAGAGGAAGGGCGUCUGAUCUUUGACAACUUGAAGAAGUCCAUCGCUUACACUCUGACCAGCAACAUUCCAGAGAUCACCCCCUUUCUCUUUUUCAUUUUGGUCAACAUCCCGCUGCCUCUGGGCACCAUCACCAUCCUCUGCAUCGACCUGGGAACCGACAUGGUUCCAGCCAUUUCUCUUGCUUAUGAAGCUGCUGAGAGCGACAUCAUGAAGCGUCAGCCCAGGAACCCUCUGAGGGACAAACUGGUCAAUGAGAGGCUCAUCAGUAUCGCCUACGGACAGAUAGGCAUGAUCCAAGCUCUCGGUGGAUUCUUCGCUUACUUCGUCAUCAUGGCUGAAAAUGGCUUCCUGCCGUCCGUGCUCGUCGGCAUCCGGCUGAACUGGGAUGAUCGCUCCAACAACGACCUGGAAGACAGCUACGGCCAGCAAUGGACCUACGAACAACGUAAGAUUGUGGAGUUUACGUGCCACACAGCCUUCUUUGUCAGUAUUGUGGUGGUGCAGUGGGCAGAUGUCAUCAUUUGCAAGACCAGGCGCAAUUCAGUGUUCCAGCAGGGCAUGAGGAAUAAAAUUCUGAUAUUUGGCCUGUUUGAGGAAACAGCUCUGGCUGCUUUCUUGUCCUACUGCCCUGGCAUGGACGUGGCAUUAAGGAUGUACCCACUGAAGCCCAGCUGGUGGUUCUGUGCAUUCCCGUACAGUUUCCUCAUCUUUGUUUACGAUGAGAUCCGAAAAGUCAUCCUCCGCCGGAGCCCUGGAGGCUGGGUGGAAAAAGAGACAUACUAUUAAACUAUCAAAGCAUCAUUCUCCUCCUCCUCCUCCUUCUUCUUCUCCCCUCCUUCCCUCCAUCGCUCUCCUCCUUUCAUGCUCAAAAUGUACAAGAAAGCAAUGUUUACUCCUCUUCUUCCUCCUCUUCAUUCCCUCAUCCUCAUUUCCUAAAGAAUCUAAAAGCAUAAAGCUGAUGAGAGGACCAACGGCAGAGGAUGACGGGAUGGGGGAGAAGCUCCUCCCCCAUCCCGUCUGUCCCUAUGUCCACUUUUUUUAUCCAAAGUCUUUACAGCACUAAUCUGCCAGUAACACUGUUUGUGCCGAUGCUUGUUACACCGACGGCCGCAGCCGCUCUCGUGUGCGUACUUCCAUGACACCGCCGUGUCGGAAAACAGGAAGCAGCCGAUCGACUCCGACUGUUCCACUGCCGACACGGGCAGAGCGACGGCGCUCCGGUCUGGGCGAUCCGAGCAGAUCCGCCUGUUCUCUGCCAGAGCCAAGCCGCCCAGGUCCAGCUCCGCUAUCACUGCCAUUUCCUCCUCCAGAACACCUGUCCGCCUCUCCCCCUCCUCCUCUUCCUCCUCUGUCACUGUUAAACCUCUCACUCACUGGCGCCCCCAACAGGAAGAAAGAAGAUCCAUACCUCCUCUGUCCUUCCUCUCUCCCUCCAUUCUCCUUUCCCUCGUGUUUUUUUCUGCAUGUUGAACAUUGUUUUCUAACAGAAAACUGAUGUUUUUUUAAAAAAGAAAAAACACUUGAGCGUUUUUGGUGUGAAUUUUUUUUCUGUGCAUUUUUUUUUCCAAAGUUUGAAUCGGCUUUGAGAGCUGCUUGUUUUUAUUCAGACAUGACAAAGCACACUGCCUCCCCCUGCUCCUCAUCUUCUCCUCUUCCUCCUUCACACCGCCGACUCACCCCCCCCGUCCGUCCGUCCCCGUUUGUCUGUUUGUGAACACUGUGCAGAGCCUCCGUCCUUGUAAACUUCCACCUAGUUCCACCUCUUGCCUCCCCCUAUUCCAGCACCGUUGUCCUCCACCCCCUCUUACCCCGUCCGUCUCCCUUCCCCACCCUCGCUAAAGAAAAAGAAAACAAACCUUUCCGUGUCCUUGGAAAAAGAGAUUUCUCUCCAGUUUCAUUAUUUAAAUCUGUGGAAUAGUGGAAUAAGGCUCCGUACCUUAAGUUUUGAAACAGCAGCAAAAAGGAGAAUGAAAUCAAACAGAAGGAUCUCUCUUUUUCAGCUUGGUUUCGAGUUUGUUCCAAUGUGGAGUUUUGGAGGAAAAACAAAUAAAAUCUGUGACCAUCUCGUC